AUGGGAGACGGCCAUCAGGACGCUCCACUCAACUGGGUUCGGCUCACUCGAUCGAGCUUGUGGCUCCUCUUCCUCCUCUUCUUCAUCGUUGAAAUGUGUGUGGCUUCCUUGGCCUUGGUGGAGUGGAGCUCGCUCGAAGCGGUUGUAGGGAGUCCAGAGAGUCUGAGAGAAGUCCUGGUACUGGUUGAAUCGUACUCGAACCCAGGUUCUCAAACAGGGGCUCCUCCAGGUCAACUCGACCCUCAGCUCGAUCGAGCCUCUGCUCGAUCGAGUUGGAGCGUCGAGUCUUGGAACUCUUCCUCCUUCUCUGCGAGUUGUCUUCUCCUUCCCUUGGCUCGAAAGAAGAGGCUCUGUGAGGCUCUUGGGCAGGGAGCCUUCUUGGAGUGGUGA